AUAUAUCGAUCUAAAAAAAAACAAAUCUAGAUCCUUCGAGAACUAUGCAUUUCAUCAUUCCGGUGCAUUUUAGCCCACGCGAAACCAGAACAAUUCUUUUUACACGAGUCUCUCUUCAAAGUUCUGAGCCGACCUAUCUUCGCUCGCGACUACUGUCUGAUUUUUUCCUCCGACGAUCAAAAUUUGUAGAGGUUCCUUGUUUUUGGAGUUAAAUGGAGAACCAGCCACCUGUUGAGGGUUCAGGUGCAAGCGAUGCCUCUGGUGGAAGUUGUGGCUCAACACUUCAACUAAAUAUCAAGACCCUUGAUUCGCGGAUUUUCAGUUUCCUUGUUGAUAAGAAUAUUUUGGUAUCAGCUUUUAAGGAGAAAAUAGCUCAAGAAGUUAGUGUUCCCGUUGGGCAGCAACGUCUAAUUUUCAGGGGCAAGGUUUUGAAAGAUGAUCACCUUCUUUCCGAAUAUAGUAUCCUACCAGACAUGCGGGAAGUAAAUUUUGCUUAUGUUUGUGGCUUUAUGCAUGUUACUUGCUUUGUAUACUUCUUUGACGUUUGUCUGAGCAUGAUGAUGAAAGCUUCUUUCAUAGAGUGCUCACUAUGCUGUACAGAAGCCCAAUAUACAGAUGUGGAGCAUGGUGAUACCCUGCAUUUAGUUGAGAGGCAGCCACAGCCCUCUCCUGGCUCCAAUAGUGGGGAAGCAGCUUCAAGUAAUAGUGCUGGAGGUGGACAGGAUACUACUACUGGUGGACCACGGAAUCGUAUUGGGCAAAUCUCCCAUAGUGUAGUACUGGGGACCUUAAAUGUCGGAGACUCAGGGGAUGCUGUUGUACCAGAUUUAAGUCGGGUCAUUGGGGCUGUACUGAAUUCUAUAGGGAUUGGCAACCCAGCAGGUGGCAUGCAAUCAGGUGUUCAGACUUCUGAAGGAAAUGAAACAGAACAGAUACAGGCUAAUGCUGGCAGUCAAAGACAGGGUGUAUAUCAGUUUGGUUCAAAUCAAGCCUCAAACAAUCAAUCUGCAUCCAAUCCUACGCAAAACCCUGUUGGUGCAACAAUGGCUGUUCCAUCGCCCAACGUGCCAAUACCUGAUUCUCUGAGUACACUGAUCGAGUUUAUGAACCAAAUGGAACAGGCAUUAUCACAAAACGGUACUCAACAAGACCAAUCGCCAGAUGGUAGUGACAGUCUACCUACCCCACAGUACCCAACAAACUCGCUUGGUUUUCCAACUGUAGAGGCAUUGACAACUGUUAUGCGACAUGCACAGCGUCUUCUUUCUGACCAUGUUGUUCGAGCAUUAUCUCAAACUUCGGGGCGAUUAGAUCAAGAGGGACGUUCAAGUGACCCUGCUGUUAGGGGGCAAGUUCAUUCAGAAACUGUACAAUUAGGUGUUGCUAUGCAGCAUUUAGGCGCUCUAUUUCUGGAGUUGGGAAGAACGAUUUUGAAUCUCCGUGUCGGAAGUUCUGGUGAAUCGUUCGUGAAUGCUGGGCCAGCUGUCUAUAUAUCUCCAUCUGGACCGAAUCCAAUUAUGGUUCAGCCCUUCCCCCUGCAAACUACCUCUCUCUUCAAUGGCCCAUCUGGUGCCACACAGAAUCAGGUUGCUAUGGGUCCGCCAUUUGGUAGUGUAGCUAGGAAUGUCAAUAUUCAUAUUCAUACUGGGGCAGCACUUGCACCCAUUGUUCCCAUGGUUGGGAACAGAACACCUAAUGCAGAAGAAAUGCCUGGUCAAGCACAGGUUCCAAUGGGAGUAAAUGUGACCGCAACAGCUAUUCCGAUAAGACCGGCCAUAAUUUCAGUAUCCAGUGCUCCACAACCUGGUGCUGGGGGUUCACAGGCUACUGAUCCCAGUCCUUUAAACUCAGUUGUAUCUGGACUCAAUGCUUAUCUUAGAAACAUAGUUCCCAACAGGCAGAAUGAAAACCAGGCACCAUCAGGAGGCUCAGCUAAUCAGGAGCAACGCCCAGUUUCUGGUGAUAGUGACAAGGAGACAAGCAAUCCACAGAGGAACAUGUCAAGUAGCACAGUUGGUGAGACAAGUCGGACUGCAGUCACAGAUAAACAGGUGGAAGAGCAAAAAACUGAUUCGUCUGCCAGUCCUGAUGGAGGUUCUCAUAGGUCUGGGAAUGGUGAAAGCUCUGCGGGACCAUCGGGAUUCAGUCAGGGUGAUAAUACUCAAGGUGGGUCUUCAGGUGUCCCUCUUGGACUUGGACCGGGAGGCCUUCAAUUUAAGAAACGAGGUAAAAGUCAAACAAAGACCACAGACCGUGCCUCUUCCAGCAGAGCCGUGGGUCAACAAGUCCUACAGUCCCUUGCUUCACUUUCCACCAAGGAAAAUCCCAACCCUCCACCUUCAGGACUACCUUCUGACCCUGUCAGGAGCAGCAACCUAAAUUUGGCCACCUCCAGGCAAAAUACGACUGACAAUAUUGAUUUAGCAGAUACAAUGUCUCAGGUCCUCAACAGUUCCUCUCUGGACGGCUUAUUGAGCGGUGUCUCGCAGCAAACCGGGGUUGGUUCUCCUGAUAUGUUGAGAAAUAUGCUGCAACAGUUCACUCAAAACCCGGCCAUGAGGAACACGAUGAAUCAGCUUGCCCAGCAGAUCGAUGGCCAGGAUCUCGGGAGCAUGUUUUCGGGUUCAGAAGGUGGGGCCCAUGGCGGAGGAUUUGACCUGUCGAGGAUGAUGCAGCAGAUGAUGCCGAUUGUGUCUCAGGCUUUAGGGGGGAUUACGGCUGGUAACCAAAUGAAUCCUUCUCAAGUUUCGAGGAGAGACGUGACACGGACAAAUGAUGGUCCUCAGAUUAAUCUCCGAGAAGUGGUUCAGAGGCUCCAAGAACAGAAUUCUUCUGGUGAAAUUUUCCGUUCUAUGGUUGGUUUGGUGGCACGACUCUGUAGCAAUGGUAGCUCAGAGGAAAGUGUUGUGAAUGCAAUAUGCAGUCCUGGUCUUGGACAGGAGUUCAUGGACAUGUUCCUCCAUGAUUUGUCCGCCAGACUUCAGGGUGGGAUGUAACAAUCUUGUUAGAAGAAAGUUCCUUUUUCUGUUGGCAUUUGGUCUCUAUUUAAUAUUUAUAUGUACUUGUCUACUUCAAAUGGCCCAUUUGCCUGUAUUUUUGUGUAUUCCCGGUGCUCAAGCAGUUAAUUAUUAUUCGACUUCUUACUAGGAAACACGUGGCAAAAAUCAGUGGACCUUAUACUAUUUCAUAUAUUACCUCCUUGAGAGUUGCUUCAAUUGCAUGUAGACCUUACAUGCAUGUUGCAGGCUUUUUAUGGGUUAAAUUCGUUUGGUUCAAACCUUCCAAUUCUCCAGUCAGCUGUGGACCUGUGGUUUUGUUUUCGAAUGACCUUAACUUCAUUAUUUGUUUUUUUUUUUUUUUCU